UGAUAGUGUCCCUCGAUGAAGCGCGAUAGUUCCAGUGAUGCCAUGACCUUCAAGCUGGAGGGAAGCAGUCAUAAACGGCUCCGAUUGGAGACAGACGAUGCAACUGCCGCUGCUCAGCCUAGCGAGAAUGAGGAGUUCACGCGCGACCAGGAGUUCUGGUACGAGGAUGGGAACGUCAUUUUGGUCGCCGAGAAUGUUGGCUUUCGCGUGUAUCGAGGCUUUCUGGCGAAGCGAUCCGAGGUACUCCGCGACCUCUUUUCCGUCCCUCAGCCACUGGACGGUCAGCGAGUCUGCGGCUGCCCGAUUGUACAUUUCUCCGACAAUCCUAUUGCUCUUAGAGAGCUACUUGAUGUGCUGCUGUGCGGCAAGAGGUACAUGCUGGAGAACGAUGCCGAGUUGGACUGUUUGUCCUACCGAAUUCGCCUUGCACAAAAGUACGGCAUUGGAGACCUCUUGGAGGAGUCCAUAUGGCAGUUGAAGAAACACUAUCCCACGACUUUCUCCGAAUGGACCGACGUACAGCGUCACUACUCCCCUCGAGCGAUAACUGCCGUCAAUCUAGCCCGUCUAACCAAUACGCCUUCCAUCUUACCUUCCGCGUCAUACGUCUGCUGCCAGCUUCCCAACCACGAUCUUCUGGAUGGCGCGUCUCUGACGGCACAAUUGAUAUACUGGAUCGAGGCGAUCUGCUGAGAUGCAUCCAAGCGAAAGUCGAACUCGCUCGUGCUUUCACGCAUGAGAUCCAUGAAGCAGUUCACCCCCUCUACAAGUGCGUCUCCGAGGCCUCCUGUCUACACAUAUUCGAGAACAUUCGCAC